AUGUCCGUCCAGACGGUCUCUAUUCAGCCUUUCACUGACCAGAAGCCGGGAACUUCCGGCCUCCGCAAGAAGGUCAAGGUCUUCCAGCAGCCCAACUACUCCGAGUCCUUCAUCACUAGCAUUCUCCUCUCUAUCCCCGAGGGUGUCGAGGGCUCCUUCCUCGUCAUUGGUGGUGAUGGCCGUUACUACAACCCCGAGGUGAUCUCCAAGAUCGCUAAGAUCAGUGCCGCCUACGGUGUCAAGAAGCUCCUGGUGGGCCAGCAUGGCAUUCUUAGCACUCCCGCUGCUAGCAACCUCAUCCGUGUGCGCAAGGCUACUGGCGGUAUCCUGCUGACCGCCAGUCACAACCCUGGUGGCCCCGAGAACGAUUUCGGUAUCAAGUACAACUUGGCCAACGGUGCCCCUGCCCCCGAGACAGUCACCAACAAGAUCUACGAGACCGCCAAAUCCUUGACCUCCUACAAGUACGCUGACGUGCCCGAUGUCGACACCUCCAGCAUUGGCACCAAGAGCUACGGACCCCUCGAGGUGGAGGUCGUUCACUCUACCGCCGAUUACGUGACCAUGAUGAAGGAGAUCUUCGACUUCGACCUCAUCAAGGAGUUCCUUAGCUCUCACAAGGACUUUAAGGUCCUCUUCGACGGUAUGCACGGUGUCACCGGCCCCUACGGCGUAGACAUCUUCGUCAAGGAGCUCGGCCUGCCCGCCAGCAGCACCAUGAACUGCGAGCCCAAGCCGGACUUUGGCGGCGGUCACCCCGAUCCCAACCUGGUGUACGCCCACGAACUUGUCGAGGCCGUCAACAAGAACGGCGUGCACUUCGGUGCCGCCAGUGACGGUGACGGUGACCGUAACAUGAUCUACGGUGCCAACACCUUCGUCUCUCCUGGUGACAGCUUGGCCAUCAUCGCCCACCACGCCAAGCUCAUCCCCUACUUCCAAAAGCAGGGUGUCUACGGCCUGGCCCGUUCCAUGCCCACCUCCGGAGCUGUUGACCGCGUGGCCCAGAAGCAGGGCCUGCAGAGCUACGAGGUCCCUACCGGCUGGAAGUUCUUCUGCAACCUGUUCGACAACAACAAGAUGUCGAUCUGUGGUGAGGAGAGCUUCGGCACUGGCAGCAACCACAUCCGUGAGAAGGAUGGCGUGUGGGCUGUCAUCGCCUGGCUGAACAUCAUCGCCGGUGUUGCCAAGCAAAAGCCUAACGAGACCCCCAGCAUCGCCUCCAUCCAGAACGAGUUCUGGCAGACCUACGGCCGCACUUUCUUCACCCGUUACGACUACGAGAACGUCGACAGCGACGGUGCCAACAAGGUAGUCGGAACCCUGGCCGACCUCGUCGCCAGCGGCUCCUUCGUUGGCUCCGAGAUCGCUGGCCGCAAGGUCGCCGACGCCGGCAACUUCUCCUACACCGACCUCGACGGCAGCGUCUCCAAGAACCAGGGCCUGUACGCCAAGUUCGACGACGGCAGCCGUAUCGUCGUCCGUCUGUCCGGUACCGGCAGCAGCGGCGCUACUAUCCGUCUGUAUGUCGAGCGCUACGAGGCUGACCAGUCCAAGUUUGGUCUCAGUGCCCAGGAGUACCUGGCCGACAACAUUUCCCUUGCUCUUAACCUGCUCAAGUUCAAGGAGUAUGUUGGCCGUGAGGAGCCUGAUGUUAAGACUUAA